AUGAAUAAUUUCUUCUCUGAUACACAAAAAGAUAAAGACAAUGGAGAUUUGUGGUCCUGCUUCACUGAAUAUUUUAGGAAGAUUAAGAUAGAAAACAAAAUCAUCGAUGAGGAAACCAUCCGUUGCAUCACAUUACACCUGAAAAAAGGAAACAUUCAGGGGGCAAACUCUGCAAUCAGUGCUGCAUUAGAAAACAUUGACAAGGCCCAAAUAAAUGUUGCUGUGACAGGAGAGUGUGGAGCAGGGAAGUCCAGCUUCAUCAAUGCCCUGAGGGGGGUUGGACCUGAGGAGGAGGGUGCAGCUGAAGAAGGCGUGGUAGAGACAACCAUGAAGAGAACUCUUUACAAACACCCCAAAAUCAAAACUUUGACUUUAUGGGACCUGCCGGGUAUUGGGACCCAUAAUUUUCCACCAAAAGUUUAUCUGGAGAAAGUGAAAUUCCAAGAGUAUGACUUCUUUGUUAUUGUUUCUGCCACACGUUUUACAAAACUUGAACUAGACCUCUCCAAAGCAAUCAGAACAAUGAGUAGAAAUUUUUAUUUUGUGAGAACCAAGGUGGACAUUGAUUUAGAAAAUGAAAAGAAAUCUAAACCACGCACCUUUGACAGAGAAAAGAUCCUGAAGAAGAUCAGAAGCUACUGUGAGAAUACUUUUCAUGACAAUUACAUGGAUGCACCUCCGAUUUUCUUGGUCUCUAACCAUGAUUUACGUAGCUAUGAUUUUCCAGUCCUGAUGGACACCCUGACUAAAGAUCUUCCUGUUCAAAAGCGCCAUAUUUUUAUGCUUUCCCUGCCUAAUAUUACUGAUGCAGCCAUUGAAAGGAAGCGUGAGUCUCUGAAGCAGAUUGUGUGGCUGGAAGCCUUCAAGGCUGGAGUUUUGGCAACUGUUCCCGUAGUGGGCAUGCUCAGGGACAGUGGUGUGGAAAAGCUCAAGAAGAAGUUAAAUCACUAUCGGGAUUCCUUUGGAGUGGAUGAUGAAUCCCUGGAGUUCCUGGCUAAAGAUGCCAAAGUGCCUGGUGAACAACUGAAAAGAAGCCUGAAAUCUCCUUAUUUGUUAGAAACUAAGAGAAAUGAAACAUUAGGAGAAAAGCUUUUAAAACUUUUGGAGAUGUUUGCCUCAGCUAAUGGUGGGCUCCUUGCUACAGGUCUUUACUUCACGAAAACCUAUUACUUGCAACUUCUUUUCCUUGACACAGUGACUGAAGAUGCCAAAUUUCUCCUGCAGGUAACAUUCAAAAAAACUAGUCCACACUCAACUCACCCACAGCUAUUGGCCAUGAUAACAUCAAGUGGUCAAUACCAGGAAGUCAUUAGAGAAAGUUUCCCUCUGACAUCUUUUCUUUAUACUAGCCAAUCUACUGACAACACAAAAAACCUUUGAAAAGAGUCACAGGUC